AUGAACUGCACCUCUAACGCCACUCUCCACGGUCCACAGCUGGGACUCGCCCUGAGCCCCGACUCCGGAUCAGGUACGAGCCAGGCCAGCGGAGGGGCUAGCAGCGGCGGCGGCGGCAGUGGGGGUGCGAGCGGUGGCGGAGGCGGAGUCUGGGUGACCUCCCUCCUGGGCGCCACCCUGAUCACCAUGUGCGCGAUCGGCGUGGUGGGGAACCUCUACACUCUGCUGAUAACUCGCUCGGCCGCUUUGAGACGCACGGGUUCCAUGUACGUCUACAUUGUGAACCUGGCGCUCGCCGACCUCCUCUACCUCUCCACCAUCCCCUUCGUGGUCUGCACCUACUUCGUCCACGACUGGCUCUUUGGCGAGACCGGUUGCCGGGUCCUGCUCAGCCUCGACCUCCUCACCAUGCAUGCUAGCGUCUUCAUCCUUGUCGCUAUGAGUGCGGAGAGAUACCGCGCAGUCGCCAAACCGUUCACCGCCCAUCGUUCCUCAUCGAGAAACCGGAAAGUGGUCGCAGCCUGCAUCUGGGGGACCUCUUUCAUCCUGACUCUGCCCAUGAUGAUUAUGAUAAGGCUUCGCGAAGGCAAACCCAACCCCUUUGGAUCGGUUAAACGGAUGUGCUACCCGACCUGGACUCCUGACGCGUUCAAAGUCUACAUCACAAUACUGUUUCUCACCAGCGCUUUACUUCCUGGUUUGGUCAUCGUUGCGCUUUACUUAGGACUAGCGCAGAGGUAUUGGGCCGUGCAAGCUCAACUGGGAGCCACAAACCGCUCGGCCAGACGGAAAGGCCUCAAACAGAAAGUCGUGUCCAUGAUUUUUAGCAUCGUUGUUGCGUAUUGGGCUUGCUUCUUACCGUUUUGGGGGUGGCAGCUAGCAAAACUGUUCUCGCCAGAGUUGUUGAGGACCCUAACUCCGGCUACACAUAACUACAUCAACUUUUUUGUGACUUGUUUGACGUACGGCAACAGCUGUAUCAACCCGUUCCUCUACACGCUGCUGACCAGGAACUAUAAGGAUUACCUGGCGCAGAAAAGCCAGUCCAACGGGUCGAGCAGAGCGGAUCCAGGGUCGGCCGCCACGACUCCGCUCCACGAUCUGUAG